AGAUUCUUUCCGUAUGUAUACAAACCGAUAACUAAGGCACGUUAGAAGAGAGAAUCAUGACAUUUUUCAGUAAAGACAACGUGAAGCAUUUUGAAGUACCGGGUGACGACGGGAAAAUAGACACUUUAGCACUGCUCGAGGCAGCCCGUGGUGUGGUGGAAAUGGUCUCUGCCUUUGGAAAAGCUUUUUCCCCAGUUAAAAGUGACAUAAAUGGAAAUAUUGAGAAAUUGCAGAAGAAAUAUGAAAUGAAUAAGGAGCUUUUCAUAACUAUUAAUGCAAUGUUGGAUGAUGAACUCGAAAACAAAAGUACAGAUUUAGCUAAAGUAGGAGGACUUUGGUUGACAAGAGGGCUCAACUUUUUACGGACAUUCAUGCAGAUUUUGAUUAAGGAGUACAGAGAAGGAAGUAAAGAGGAGAGCAUGAAGCAUAUCAUAAAUGCUGCUUAUGAGGCAACACUGAAGAAAUACCAUGGGUUCAUUGUCAAGAAAGUAUUCUCUGGAGUUUCAGGGUUUGCUCCAUACAGGAAGGAUUACUUACUGAAAAUGGCACUUGGAAAGGAGGGACAAGAAGAACAGGUUAUAAAAGAUAUGGAGGCCUAUUUAGAUACGAUGUCCCCAGUGAUUGAUGCUAUGAGCCAGCUAUACAAGGACAAGGGACUCGAUACAGACGAAAAAGUGUAACUUAUCAUGCAUCAUCACCAUGUCCAUCGAAGCUCAAGACAGGGUUACUUCCCUUGUUUUUUAACUUUAACAGUUGUGUGAUAUUCUUAAACGAUAGUCUAUUUUCUUAUAUGUAUUACAUGUACUAUGCAGUCUAAAAUCCUUGAGGCAUAAUAUGUACAGGAAGAAAUGAUCUGGAUGUUUUAUGCAGCAUUUCACAUGAUUAAUUGUGUAUGGUAUUUAUUUACAUUGUCAUUUUAUCACUGUGAUACUUUUGGUUGCAGAGAUUGAAGUGUUUACUGCACCAAGAUACUUUGACCAAUAUAUAUUUAUUGUAAUUUUUGAAAACACAUUCCAUUUGAUAUAAAUAUGAUCAUUUUUGCAAUAUAUUAGAGCAUUCAAAGCUUUUUUCAAAUCUUUACUUACAAUCAUGUUUAUCAUGUUAGAAUUGAAUUAUGUUGUUGGGACCAAUGGAGAAACCAGUGUUGAUUGUGAUUUUAAGAUCAUUGUUUGAUAUUUACACAAUCAUAUACUAGUAGUAUUAUAUGUGUAUGCUGUUUUAUUGGAUAAAGAGCUAUUUCAGACAAAGAAAAAAUAAAAUUAGAUGUUUAGAUGUUGUUAUUUGCCUUGGAAAAAAAAAUUCAAAACAAGAAUGGAAAUGGGUGUUUAUUUUUUCAAUUCUUUAGAUCUCUAGAUGUCAUUUCAUAAUUAAUAUAAUGCAGUAGUAUUUGUAAUGCUGUACAUCUUUAUAUGCAAUUAAAAAAUUGUGACACAGUUACAAGCAUAGAA